GAGCGAUAAAUACUAUGUUUUCAGCAAGUCAUCACGUUUUUUUUUAUAAUUAAAUAACCCUUGAUUUCAAGUGUUAAUAUUCCCUGUCACUUAGUGUAAUUUUGCAUUGAGGUGAAUAAACAAAUAUGUGUUCCUUUAAAAAUUACACACAAUUACAAAUCAGCACACCAUCCCCAUUUAUUGUUCAUGUGGUAUUAAAUAGACCAUCAAAACGGAAUGCUCUGGAUGAUGAUAUGUGGUUUGAAAUUAAGGAUUGUUUUGAAAAACUUAGUUAUGAUGCUGAUUGUAGAGUAAUUGUUUUAUCUGGAGAAGGAAAAAUGUUUUGUGCUGGAAUUGAUUUAUGUCCAUGGGUGGAUCACAUCAAGAAUUAGAUCAAAAUGGUGAUUUGGCAAGAAAAGCCAAAAUAUAUGAACAAAAAAUAACAUCAUUCCAAGAGAGUCUUUCUGCUAUUGAAAAAUGCUCAAAACCUGUUUUAGCAGCUGUGCAUUCGGCUUGUAUUGGUGCUGGGGUUGAUAUGAUAACAGCUGCUGAUAUUAGAUAUUGCACUAAAGAUGCUUAUUUUCAAGUUAAAGAGGUUGAUAUAGGAAUGGCAGCUGAUGUUGGAACUUUACAAAGAUUACCCAAAGUCAUAGGAUCCGAUAGUUUGACAAGAGAACUCUGUUAUACAGCAAGACAAUUACAUUCAGCUGAAGCUUUAUCUUGCGGACUUGUCUCAAAAGUUUUUGAUUCAAAAGAAAGCUUAAUAGCUGGAACUUUGGAUCUUGCAAAAAUAAUCGCAUCUAAGAGCCCUGUAGCUAUUCAAGGCACAAAAAGGAGUUUGAUUUAUUCUAGGGAUCAUACAGUUCAAGACGGACUUGAACACAUUGCUUUAUGGAAUCGUUUUAUGUUACAAAGUGAGGAUCUUCAAACGGCUGUUGCUGGAGCUUUAUCAAAAGAAAAAGUUAUUCAAUUUUCUAAAUUAUAACUUUUUAUUGUAAAU